UAGUGGAAGGUUGGCGCAACAGCAGUACAAAUCAAGUCCUGGAAAGUGGUGUUCUCAGUGAUCAGUAAUAGACAUACCAAUCAACAAAUAUGGAUAUUAAACUAAACUACAGUAAAUGCCCGCUAAAAAAGCGACCCAUACAGUUCGAGGAGCCAUCAACCGAGAUCGAUCAUUUGAAUUAUGAUGAAGGACCCGUUGAUCUUAGCAAAGCUUCAGCUGAGAUACCACUUCAUCAACAGGCUCCAAGUCAGCCAGCUGCCACUGACUUGCGACGUCGAUUCGAUGAGCAUUUAGCUAAACGCAUUUGGCAAGAGACCCGUGAAAUAGCUCGAGCUUUUCCCGAUGUCUUUACACGCGAAGAAAUUGCAAAAAGUUUGGCGCGCUUGGGUUAUGGUGACUAUGAAUUGCCGCCAGAGGAUGAGGUAAUGAUGGAUUCAGACAUUGAAAUUGAACCACAAACUAUCAUCAAAGAGGAGCCGGAACCAGAGCCAGAACCUGAACCCGAACCAGAGGAUGUUUUACCACUACGUAAUUAUAAUAACAAUUUGAUGAAGAGCAUAGCGGAAUAUGAGGAUUGCAUGAAGCUUAGCCAAACACUAGCACCUCCACCCCCAAUGCCGACUAUUGCAGAACCAGAAGAUUUGAGUCAAAAUCGUCGUCAAGUGUUGAGCGAGAAUGUCAGCCUACAUAAUGUGGCAAGAGCUUUGCUCUCCAUGCAACAACAGAAACCGCAACAUCACCACCAGCCAGCUCAACAGCAGCAGCAACAACCACAGCCGCAGCAUCAUCAGCAACCCUGUGACGAUUAUGAGAAUUUUGAAAACAAUGAGAAUCAUCAUCAGAAUCUCAAUCAAUUAAAGAUCAAAAGCAGUCAUGAUCUAUAUUACCAAUGUCAGCAGUGUAAUAAAUGUUAUGCCACCUAUUCCGGUUUGGUUAAGCAUCAACAGCAGCACGCCUAUGAGAGUACGGAAUAUAAGAUAAUACGCAGUCAUCCGGUUAGUGGCAUUAUACAAGAUCAAACGGAAUUCUGUUCGGAUCAAGCCUCAGCUCUAAUACAAGCAGCAAAUGUGGCCAGCGCUCAGUCAAUGCAAAAACCAGUGGGAGUGCCGCGUUAUCAUUGCCAGGAUUGUGGUAAAUCAUAUUCCACAUAUUCUGGUUUGAGUAAGCAUCAGCAAUUCCAUUGUCCAUCGGCGGAGGGUAAUCAGGUGAAGAAGGUAUUCAGUUGCAAGAAUUGCGAUAAGACAUAUGUGUCUUUGGGUGCCCUAAAAAUGCAUAUUAGAACACACACGUUGCCCUGCAAGUGUCCCAUAUGCGGCAAGGCCUUUUCGCGCCCUUGGCUAUUGCAGGGUCACAUUAGAACCCACACGGGAGAGAAGCCCUUCAGUUGUCAGCAUUGCAAUCGCGCAUUUGCCGAUCGUUCGAAUCUGCGUGCCCACAUGCAAACCCAUUCCGAUGUUAAGAAAUAUUCUUGUCCAACCUGUACGAAAUCCUUUUCUCGCAUGUCAUUGCUGGCCAAACAUUUGCAGAGUGGCUGUCAAACGGAUCAGCAGCAAGAGAAACCACCACAUCAUUUAAAUCAUCAUCAACAAUUUAGGGAAGAUCAGGAGCAAAUCUUCUAUGCAGGCAGUGAGGAAGAUGAGGCCAGAGAAUUAAUUUAUUAGUCAAUGUAAUAGUCGUCGUUUAUUUCUAUUUAUUUUCUUGUUAGUUUUGCAACCAAAGAAGAAUUAGUCAGUGCCAAAAAGUAGUCGAGACAAUUUUAUUGCCUCUUUUAGGGAUAAAACCCUCUCA